AUGCUCUCCCUCGCCAUCCUGCCGGCGCUCGCCGCGCUCGUCGCCGCCACCACAGACAUUGAACACGCCGCGCUCCCAUCCUACCACUACGGCGCGCCCAUCCCGAUUGAGUGCAUGAACCGGAGCUCAGAAACCGGCGAGCACAUCGAAGACAGCAACCACCAGUUCCAGUGGAUCCCCUUUCCCGAGUGUAGGGAGACGGGCAAGCCUCUCGAGUUCGGCUACGGCAUCGAGGGCGAGGUCAACUGCACCAUCCCCAUCUCGCACGACUUCUUCCACCUCCUCGAGUUCUACAUCCACAGCGACGCGCCGCUGUCCUGCCGGCUGCCCGCGCGCCCGCCCGCGGAGGUCAGCGUCGUCGGCGAGGUGCCACCGCCGCGCGAGCACGUGCCGCUCGUCUUCGCCGUCGCCGGCACCCUCCAGCUCAGCCACAUGCACGUCUCGACGCGCAUGAACGUGCUGCUGCACGCCGUGCCCAAGCACCACCUGCACCGCCACGACAGCGGUGUCAUCGACUCGGCCAUCUCCUACAGCACCAGCCCGCUCGCUCAUGCCAUCGAGGACGGGUCGCCGGCGUCGACCAAGCUGACCAUCGGCGAGCCCCUGCCGCUGCGCUUCUCGGUGCGCUGGUUCCCGGGGCCGCACCUGCCGCACUCGGAGGGGAGGGUGGAGUGGCAGGGGCUCGGUGGCCAUAUCUAUGCGAGCACAUUCUUCUACAGCGUGGUGUCGUUUGUGGCCGGCGCGCUGGUGGCGGCCAUGUACACGCUGGGCGUCGUCCUGCCGAGGAGGCUGCGGAAUCGGGCGCUGGGCGGCGCGACGCCGCUGGGCCACGGCCUUGGCAACGGCUGGGGAUACUCCAAGCGCUUGGACUGA